UCUAGUAUAAGCAUAUUGUUUUUCAUCAUUAGCUGCUUGUCUGUUCACGAAACGCGCAGCAGGGAGGUGGCUGAUUUACAAAUGUCUCGUUUCAACCAAUUUAUUUAGGCAUUAACAAACGCUUCUAACAAUAUCUCUAUAGAAAGCUUUUCAAUCAUGGUGGACCAAACAGAUAAACAAGUUCCUGAUUUCUCAGAUAUUGAGAAAGAAGAUCUCAUGGAAGUAAUGAAACAAAAGGGCAUUCAAGCUACAAGAUAUUUGGAUGAGAGGUACAUUGAUGGCAUAAACACAAUCAUUCGCAAACUGCAUACUUCUACCAAGAAAGGAGUGCUGGGGUUUGAUGAUGAGUUAGAACAUCGACGUCUAAUAUUUGGAUCCAACUCAUUACCUCUAGAUCCCCCUAAACAUUUUUUCCGCUUCCUUUUUCUUGCCAUGCGAGAUUGGAUUUUGAUUGUUCUGGCUAUUGGAGCUGUUCUAUCCCUCAUCCUUGGCCUAGUAUUUCCUGAACAGUGCAAUGACAAGGUGAAAAUAGAAGUAGCAUGGUAUGAAGGCAUUGGAAUUCUUGUAAUGGUUCUUGCAAUGAUGGUUAUAUCGGCAUUGAGUGACUACUUGAGAGAUUCUGACUUCAGAUAUCAAGACAAACAAGUGAAGCAUGAACAAAAAGUUAUUGUUAUCAGAGGUGGAGAUAUUAAAGAGAUAUAUCGCACUGAUCUGACAGUUGGUGACCUGUGUGUUAUUGAAUCUGGUUCAGUUAUUCCUGGAGAUGGAAUCCUUGUGCAAAGUUCUGAUUUGGUUGUGAAUGAGAUGUGCUUGGAUACCGGUGGAAUUGUUGAAAAAGAUCCUACUGGUGACCCACUUUUAUAUGCAGCCACCCAUGUAACCCAGGGAAGUGGAAGAUUCCUAGUGCUUGCUGUUGGCCAGUUUACAAAGACAGCACAGGCUGCUACAAAAAGAGUGGCAAUUAAUCCUUCCAGAAAACUGGAGAUAGCAAUAUCAUCGGAAGAUGACCAGAGUCACGACAACAUUUCCCUGCUGUAUAAACACAAAGAAGAUAAUGCAACUUUACAAGGAAAAAUAAACAGAGUUGCAGUCACCCUUGGUUAUAUUGGGGUAACAAUUGCUAUUAUAACCAUGGUUGUAAUCAUCAUAAGAUUCAGUGUGUAUACAUACUCUACUAGGAAGCUACAGUUCCAUCCAGGUCAUAUCAAUGAAUAUAUUAGAGCCUUCAUCAUGGGCAUAGUAGUACUGGUUGUGUCUGUACCAGAGGGUCUUCCUUUAGCAAUCACAUUUGCUCUAACUUUCUGCACCAGAAUGAUGUACAAAAAUCAAAGCUUGGUUAGACAUAUGGACAUCAUAGAGACCAUGGGUAACAUAACAAAUGUUUGCUGCAACAAAACAGGUGUUUUGACUGAACACCGUAUGCAUGUUACAAAGUUAUACACAGCAGAUCAAGUACUUGACGGAGAUCCAAGAAACUACAAGGGUAGAAUCCCCAGCAAUCUGUUUGAUGAACUGUGCAAAGGGAUUGCCAUCAACACAAGCUAUACAUCUAGGAUACUGCCUCCUGCAGGUCCUGACAAGCUGCCCGUGCAAGCAGGUAACAUGACAGAUUGUGCAGUCCUUCAAUUUGUUAUUGAUGUGGGAGAAACUUAUCAGUCAUGGAGAGAUCAGCACCCUGAAGAUAGCUAUGCUAAACUCUUUGAGUUUACUCCGGAAAGAAAAUCCAUGACCACUAUAACUAAAGCAGAGAAAGGAAUGCACAAGAUCUACAGCAAAGGUGCUGGUGAGGUGAUCCUUCCAAACUGUACCUCCAUUUACACAAAUGAUGGCAAAAUCAAACCAUUUAAUAGUGAAGACAUGGAAAGGGUUCAGAAGGAUAUUAUCAAACCAAUGCAGGAUGAAUCUUUAAGAAUUCUUUGUCUUGCAAGCAAGAGUGUGCCUGAAGAAGAAUCUAAAGAAUUUGAAAAUGAAAAAUCUGUGAUAUCUAAUCUUACUCUUCUGGCUGUUAUGGGUAUAGAAGACCCAGUAAGAGAGGAGGUUCCUGAUGCUAUUGCAAAGUGUACCAGGGCUGGUAUCAGAGUAUGUAUGGUGACCGGUGAUCAUGUGAACACAGCAAGAGCUAUUGCUAUCAAAUGUGGGAUAAUUAAGCCAGAACAGGAAAACUUGAUGUACCAUGGUUCUGAAUUCAAUAGGUACAUUAGAGACCCUGAUGGUCAGAUCAACAAGGACAGGUUUGAUGCCAUGUGGCCAAAUCUUCGUAUUUUAGCCAGAUCAUCAGCCAGAGAUAAAUAUACCUUGGUUAAAGGGAUUAUGGAAAGCCAUGUCAAACCACAGGGUGAAACUGUGGCUGUCACUGGUUCUGGUAUACAUGAUGGCCCAGUAUUAAGAAAAGCAGAUGUUGGCUUUACUAUGGGUGUUGUUGGUUCAGAUGUGGCUAAAGACAAUUCUGAUGUCAUUCUUCUUAAUGACAACUUUGGUAGCAUUGUUUGGGCCAUCAAGUGGGGCAGGAAUGUAUUCAAUACAGUGGUUAAAUUCCUUCAGUUCCAGUUCACAGUCACUUGGUCUGCGUUUAUUGUGAUUGUCAUUGGUGUUUGUAUUUUUGGGAGAAGUCCUUUGGUUGCAACACAGAUGUUAUGGAUCAACCUUAUCAUGGAUUCUUUAGCAUCCUUUGCCCUCACUAGAGAUUUUCCCACAGAUGAUCUGCUCCUACAUCAACCUUAUGGCAGACAUAAAGCACUUAUUAGUAGAUCACUUAUCCGUAACACUGUUGGCCAUAUUCUUUUUCAAAUAGUUGUUACCUUUGUGUUGAUUUUCCAUGGUGAUGACCUCAUGGAUUUAGAAGAUGGUUUCACACCAGAAACACUUUGCAUUCCCACAAAGCACUCCUCCCUGGUGUUUACUACAUUUGUAUUCAUGAAUCUUUUCAAUGAGAUCAAUUCCAGGGAGAUUCAUGGCAGGAAUGUGUUCAAAGGAAUCCAUAAAAACUAUGCCUUUGUCAUCAUCUGGUUGGGACAAGUUGUUAUUCAGAUACUGAUAGUUGAGGUAUUCACAAGAGCUUUUCAUACAUCUGGGAUGGAUGCAAAAAUGUGGUUAUGGUGUCUCUUUCUUGGUUUCUCAGAGCUUAUCUGGGCACAGAUUAUCUUUUCUAUUCCCAAGACAUGGCUUCCAAUGUUUGUCAGAUGUGCAGCAAUUGGUACAUCUAAAACAAGACAUGUAAACUUGAUCAGAAGAACAUCUAGGGUUUCUCAACUGGGUCGCAAAUACAAGCCAUCAUAUGGGUUUCCUCAGGAUGAGCCACAUGACAUUCCUCCUGUCACUCCCUCUGGAAAUGUGCUCAAUUCCCCAGAAGAAGAGUUGUGGAGAGGUCCUUCAAUGGAGAAGCUUACCAUUAUGGACAAACGUGUUUAAAGUAUUUUGUAGUUAUAAAUAUUCAAUAGUUAUGUAGUUAUGAAGAGCUUCUUUGGUGGAUAGCUUUUGUUAGUAGAGGAGGUAAUACAAGCAAAGAAUCAGAAAUCAGUGUUACCACUAGUCAAAUUGUUUACCAAUAUAUCUAGUAGUAAAGAUUUAUAAAUUAUGCAACUUUUGUACUCUACACAUUUGUUUUCUGUUCCAAAGAAUUAUUCUUCCAGAUGUUCAUAAUCACAGCAGUCCCCCAUAAUGUAUAUCUGUAGGCUUCCUGGUUUGCUACAAACUUAAGCAAUUAUAUUUGUUAGUCUAAAAGACAAAUAUUCUAUCAAUAUUCUUUUGAGUAUUCUACACUUAUCAUUCAAUUUUAUUUUGUAGACGUGGUUUACAGUGUGACUACUAUAACUGGGGCCACUUUGACAGCGAGAAUCAAUUAAAAUGUAGAAUAAAAACAAUAUAUUCCAACUUUAUGUAGUGGAGCCAAUCAGAAAGCAGCAGAAAACAAUAGCAUUUCAGUAUAUCUUUCUGUUCCCACAAGAAAAGGAAGAUGACUGUCUAGUUGUUUACUGGCUCCACCACCUAAAGUUGGAAUGCAUUGUUUUCAUUCUACAUUUAAAUUGGUUCUCUUUUCUAACUGUCUUAGGCCUAGGGCAAACGUCAAACUUUCCAUGCACUGAACUCAUUAAAAACAAUGGAUAUCAGGUGAUAAUGAGGCGGCAUUCUUUGUGGGAAUUAAUUUCGGUGCAUGGAAAGUUCGAUGUUUGCCCUAGGCCUAAGUGUGGCCAUCGUUACAGUAGCUGCAUAUAGUAAGUAUUGGACCAAAUAAUGUGUGUGAUGUUCAGAGUCACAUUUAGAGUAAAAACAAAAGGUAGAAAAAUAAAAUUAAGAUAAAUAAAUGAUAAUAACUAUUUUAAAAAGUGAUUAAAGUUGUUAUUGGAUGUCAAA